AAGGCCUCUCACUUAGGAGCUUCUCCAUUCUGCCAACUCUCCGGGAACAUCCAAGGGAAGACUGGCACCCAGUGUGCAGCAGGAGCCAUGGAGUCCUUCAGCUCAAAGAGUCUGGCACUGCAAGCGGAGAAGAAGCUACUGAGUAAGAUGGCAGGUCGGUCUGUGGCUCAUCUCUUCAUCGAUGAGACAAGCAGUGAGGUGCUGGAUGAGCUCUACCGGGUGUCCAAAGAGUACACACAUAGCCGGCCCCAAGCCCAGCGGGUUAUCAAGGACCUCAUCAAGGUGGCUGUCAAGGUGGCCGUGCUGCACCGCAGCGGGUGCUUUGGCCCCAGUGAGCUGGCCCUGGCCGCCAGCUUUCGCCAAAAGCUGCGGCAGGGCGCCAUGACAGCACUCAGCUUUGGAGAGGUGGACUUCACCUUCGAGGCUGCCGUGCUGGCUGGCCUGCUGACCGAGUGCCGGGACAUGCUGCUGGAGCUGGUGCAGCACCACCUUACACCUAAGUCACACAACCGCAUCCGCCACGUGUUCGAUCACUUCUCCGACCCGGGCCUGCUCACGGCUCUCUACGGGCCUGACUUCACUCAGCACCUUGGCAAGAUCUGUGAUGGGCUCAGAAAGCUGCUGGAUGAAGGGAAGCUCUGAGAGCCGCGAACCCAGCACAUUCCACCCUGACAAGAUGGUUGGCUGAGAAAACAACAGAUAAUGGGCUUUCUAACUCUGCUCAUCUGCACUAACACUUUUCAGUCCUCAGGCUUCAGUCAUCCCCAAGAGUGCUUUUGACUCUGAGACCACCUCACCCCAAACUGCUGGUGGAGAAGAAGCAAUGCUGAGGGUUUAGGCCUUUCUCCCACCCCAGCCCCAGGGCAGGGAACAAAGCUCUCCAAAAAGAUGAAGUGAAACUUGGAUCUCUUAUUUCCUCCCGUAAGGGAUGUUUGAAACAGGGAAGCCCCUCUCCUAUGAACCAGGGGAAGAGGACGGAGUCCAUUUAACCCCUCUGGGGACACUAAAGACAGGUGGGGGAGGGGGCCCUUU